AUGCCGGCAUCAGGGGACGAAUAUGUUGCCGAUGGAACAGACGACGACUUGCCUAGAGCCUCCGCCCGCGGCCGUUCUGCUGUUCGAAGGGCAAAUGCUCGCGAAUCUGCCCAGAGCUUUGAAGUAACCCGAACUUGGGAUCUGCUCGUUGAAGGUGCCGAUGGAACCAUUACAGGUGCGGUUGAGGGUCUCCUGGAGGCGGGUAAGAGGAAAAGACUUCUCAAAGACACCACGCCCCUCCAGCGUGGUAUAAUCCGCCACCUAAUCCUUAUCCUCGACAUGUCCCUCUCUAUGAAUGAGAAAGACCUCCGUCCAACCCGCUACCUACUCACCCUGUCCUACACCGAAUCCUUCAUCCGCGAAUUCUUUGAGCAAAACCCGAUUUCGCAGCUUGGGAUAAUAGGCAUGCGCGACGGUAUCGCCGUUAGGAUCAGUGAUAUGUCUGGUAACCCAACCUCUCACUUGGCUGCAAUACAGAAAUACCGUAAGGAAGAACCCAAAGGCAAUCCCUCCCUGGAAAAUGCGCUUGAGAUGGCAAGAGCAGGAUUGUUUCACGCGCCCAGCCACGGGACGCGUGAGAUACUGCUGGUAUUUGGCGCUUUACAUACUUCGGAUCCGGGGGACAUUCACAAUACGAUCAACAGUCUAGUUCAUGACAAGAUACGGGCUACGGUCAUUGGCCUCGCGGCGCAAGUUGCCAUCUGUGCCGAACUUGUCUCCAAGACAAACGACGGUGACUUGUCCCCCUACGGCGUUGUAUUGCAUGAACAACACUUUCGGGAACUAUAUAUGGCUGUGACAACUCCACCAAUUACCCACGGCGGCGCCAACAAGACAGCCUCAUCACUCUUGAUGAUGGGUUUCCCUUCCAGAACAGUAGAGGGGCACCCCUCACUAUGUGCUUGUCACGCCACACCCAGACGAGAUGGGUAUUUGUGCUCACGAUGCAGUGCCAAAGUAUGCAGUCUGCCGAGCGAAUGCCCUGUGUGCGGACUGACGCUAAUACUGAGCACCCAUUUGGCGAGGAGCUAUCACCAUUUAUUUCCCCUUGUGAAUUGGCUCGAAGUUCCCUGGUCAAAGGCUUACCGAAGUACUGCUUGUUAUGCUUGUUUGAAGCAGUUCCCCCCAGCUCCAAAGCCAAGUCAGUUGCCGACAUCAACCGCAAAGGAACAGCAACCGGGACAGUCAAGUACGGACCCUCCUACUGGCUCCACAGUCCCAAUCUCUGUUGGUAAUAAAAACCCUCAAUCUGCAGGCCCCCUCCCGACGACCAGUACCAGCAGAUACGAAUGUCCUGUCUGCCGGAGGCAUUUCUGCAUCGACUGCGAUCUAUUUGCCCACGAGGUCGUGCAUAAUUGCCCUGGAUGCCAGAGUGCGAAGAUACAGACGAGCUUGAUGGGAGAGACAGAGAUGCCAGCUCCGGAUCGAGGUGAAGCAGACGGAGAGAGAAAUGGGGCGCAACAGGCUGGGACGGAGGGUCAGGACAAGGGACAGAAUGAAUGUUGA